AUGUCGUCUACUGAUAGUGAGAAUACAUUGCCUUUCACCCCUUCAGAGUCCCCUGAACCAGCCUCAAUCUCGCAGCGUCAGAUCAAUUUGCAGAGGUUUGUAAUGGAUGGUCUGAAUCGACAGGUGGAUGAGAGCCGGAACCUCGUUGUGCGUACCGACUUGAGUCCACGAAACUUGGUAGCCAUGUGCCAGAACACCCUUCCUGGGAUCACUGUGCAGCUCCAUGGAUCGAGUGACAUUUUUACUCCUCUUGGCUUCCGCCAAACACUGAAACUAUCCUUCAGUCAUGCUUCGGCACCUCCCGCAUCCGCGCCCUCUGUCCAGCAGCUUCUUCCUUUGGAACUCACCAUUCUCCAAUGUAAAGACUACUCGGAUGCUGCAGAGGCAUUCGCGAUCCCAGAUGCAGGUAUGACCAGCGCGACCUUGGCAUCCCCCAUCGACUUCAAGUCGCUCGCCUCGAGACUUGAUCAAACAUUCAUCGCGGAACGUGCUCCUGCGUCUGAGGUCUCGACCGCAGGCAUCAUAAGUGCCGACAUACCUACAGUCGUUGUUGGCAUGGAAAGUGUGUUAAAUUUCAACUUCCAACCGAGAGCACACAGAAUUAAGGACAUUAUUGUGAAAGACCCUGAAGUAAUUAUGCUUGGAGGGGCCAUCAUUCCUGUUGGAGAGCUGCGUGUUGUUGGUCUUAGUCAAGGGACGGCAAAGAUCACAAUUCAAACCGCUCACGCCUCAUCUCUGCGUACUGAAAGACAGAGUUUUACUGUCAACGUUGUGCAGAAUCCACAAACCUCUGGAUAG